CAGGAGCGCAUCAAGCAUCCAUCUGUCCAUCCAUCUGCAAGAGCUGCCACAACCCGUGUUUGGAUCUCUCAUCACUUUGAGUGCAAGCCUUACGCAGCUGGUGUUGGUUCCAUUAGAGCUACCGAGAGCAUGCCUUCCUCUCCCGCCCAUCGACCAUCGCCAUUUCGGCUCUUUCUCACCCUCGCGGUGGUCUGUCUAUGCCAGAUCUGCUCGUCAGUGGUGCUGGCGUUCAGGCCAGCGCUGCACUCGGUGAAUGGCCUGUCGAGGAGCGGCGCUGUGCUGGGAAGGGAGAAGAGGCAAAGGCAACAUCCUGUGCUGCUGCAUGGGAGGAAUGGUGUGGUGUUGAUGAGCUUCUCCACUGGUGGGUGGGUCACACGGAGGAAUGAUUGAUUCACCAUCCACGUGUGUGUGAGUGCGUGCAGAGACUGAGAAGGAUGUGACUCCUGAAGAGGCAGCUGAGGUGGGCGGGGCGGGCAGGCAGGCAGACAGGCAGACAGGCAGACAGGCAGGGACAUGUGGGAUGGAUGGUUGGCAUGUGUUACCAAGGUGCCAUCCAUCCAUUCAUCCCUCCCCUGCGUGACAAUGUGUGUGUGUGUGUGUGUGCUUGGUGUGUGUGCAGUUUCAGCGAAAGGUGUCUUGGGAGAAUCCCAUCGACCCGCCGGUCAAGCAGGAGAUCAAGCAGCAGGUCCAGGGCAAACUCAGGCAACUCAAAGAAUCGGGUAAGUACAUAGGCAGCAGAUAAAGUGGAUUGGGGCGCGUGUGCGUGUUUGAGUACAUCAUCCUUAUUAAUUCUUGUGUGUGUGUAUCCAUCGUCCAUCCACGUGGACUGACAGGUCUGUACGAUCAGCUUUACAACCAGACGGCGGUGGACCAGAUGAAUGUCUACAAGGGGCCGUACGACAGCGACAACAUACUCAAGAACCUCUACACCGAAGUCACGGAGAGGAUAGAAUGGCCAUGUCAGUACGCCACGCCCUGGCCAGUGGGACGGACGGGGCACUCACUGUGCUUCGGCCGGCUGACUCCGUGUGUGUGUGUGUGUGUGGGUCAUGGGGUCCAUGUGUCUGUGUGUGUGCAGCAUUUGGCCGUCAGGCGGAGCUGCUGAUCAAGUUCUUCAUCUUCUGCUUUGUCGUCAUCCUUUUCUCACUUGCCACCGUAGGCAUCGCAUCGCAUCGCAUCGCAUCGCAUCGCAUCGCAUACCUACACACACACAGAGAGAGGGAUGGGUGCCUGCAUCCGGUGCAUCCAUGUAUGUAUCCCUCUCCCCCUCUAUCGCUGCGUGCCGUGCCUGCAGGAGCUCCUGGCUCAGUACUUUCUCAAGGCGGUGGGCGACUUUCCCGACGUCGACCCCUGGACCUGGCUCAUCAAGUCAGUCAGUCACCACACUCUCACUAUCUCUCACACACACACACACGAACAGACUUACUUCGUCGCACGCGUCCACGUCGAUCGCACACGGACGGAUGGAUGGAUGGAUGGUGCAACAACUCUGUCUGCCCGCACAUCGAUCGCUCUCUGCCCCGUCUGUCUGUCUGUCUGUCUGUCUGUCUGUCUGUGUACCAUCCGCUCAUUCAGAGGCCCCACAUGGCGGUCAGGAGGCAAUCCGCUGGGACGGUACGCAAUGCAUGUCUCUCUCUGUUCGGGCAUACUUGUUGACGUCAGACACUAGGGGACGUUUGAUGAUUCCCAAGGACACUCACCCACAAUCAUGUAUGUUUCUGGUGUGCUGCGUGCUGUGUGCUGUGUGCUGUGUGCGCCACUCAGGUAUUUUUUCCUCCCGACGCAGGAGGCGCAGUGACUGACGCUACGCUGGAUGGGAUGGGCGGCGACACCAUCACCGACAAAGAAACAAGUAGCUAGACGACUAAGGCGUUCACUCAUUUAGAAGUGGGGGGGCAGGCAGGGAGGCCAGUGUGGGCUGGAGGAUCGGUGUGUGUGUCGUUCGUUUGAGCGGUGUGUGUCAUGAGAGAGACGGACAAGGAAACAAACAUACAUAUAGAUGCACUAGCGCGCGCAGGUGUGGGGUAGUACACGGAUGGAUGGAUGGAUGGAUGGGCUGAAUGAGUGCGCACGCUGGCGGGGCAGACAAAUUGAUGGAUUGAUUGAUUCCUGGAAGCCACAUGAAUGC